GAUCUCAUACUGGAAGGAAAGAAGUGCUUAAAAUUGGUCCAAAAGCAAGAGGAAAGGAAGGUGUUAUCCAAGUGUCCAGCAGUUAAAUCUUUACAUGUACUUACACAGUAGAACCACAAAAAUAGAAAGAAAUAUAAAUAAACGCUGAUACAUAUUUGUUGCAGCGAGCUCGGACUGGGAGGCGCGCACACAAAUGGGUUUACAUUAAAUUCAUUGAUCAUCGACUUCUUCUAAACAGUCGAUUCUCAAUCCCUUGAGGUUUCAUGUGGAAUAGUGAAGAAGCAGUAGAGGAAGGGAGGAUAUAGUGUUAGUAGUAGUUUAAAAGUAUGUUCAAUAAAAUCAGAAAAAAAGGACAUCGAAAGGCCUCAAAAUCGGAUGGAGCUGAGACCCCAAUACCUACCAACAAUGCAGCGCCUAAUCCUGAUGUUACUGUUAAUCAUGCUUCAAGAACGGCUGGUGCACCAUCUCAACUUUUGUCUUUGGACUGUCUGGGACACGGUUCUGGAGUGGUUGAAGUAUUACCCUUGUUGAAAGAAAUUCCGCUGUCUGAAAGACAUGCUUUGUUCAUCAGAAAGCUCCAAAUUUGUUGCGCUUCCUUUGAUUUUUCAGACACUUUGAAGAAUGCCCGAGAAAAGGAGAUUAAGAGGCAAACUCUCAAUGAGCUGAUUGAAUUAGUGCAAUCAGGGUCUUCUAAAAUGAAUGAAAUAAUGCAGGAAGGGUUAGUGAAAAUGAUAUCAAUCAAUGUUUUUCGGUGUUUACCUCCUGCAAUGCAUGAGAAUACAGGGUCAGAGAGUGGUGACCCUGAUGAGGAUGAAAUGUUUACGGACCCAUCAUGGCCUCACUUGCAACUUGUGUAUGAGUUACUUUUGAGAUAUGUGGUAUCACCUGAUAUGGACACUAAGAUAGCCAAGCGAUACCUUGAUCAUUCUUUUGUUCUAAAAUUACUGGAUUUAUUCGAUUCUGAGGACGCCAGAGAGCGUGAAUACUUGAAGACUAUUCUUCACCGCAUUUAUGGGAAAUUCAUGGUCCAUCGCCCAUUCAUUAGGAAAGCGAUAAAUGAUGUAUUUUACCGUUUUUUAUUUGAAACAGAGAGGCACAGUGGGAUUUGUGAGUUGCUAGAGAUUCUUGGAAGUAUUAUAAAUGGGUUCGCUCUGCCAAUGAAAGAAGAGCAUAAAUUGUUCCUUGUUCGGGCUCUUAUUCCAUUGCACAAGGCCAAGUGUGUCGCAUCAUAUCAUCAGCAGUUAUCUUACUGCAUUACACAAUUCGUAGAGAAAGAUUAUAGAUUGGCAGAUAUUGUGAUUAGGGGAUUGCUGAAGUACUGGCCUGUAACCAACUGCGGCAAGGAAGUUCUCUUUCUUGGAGAACUAGAAGAUGUCUUGGAAGCCACACAGUCUGAGGAGUUUCGGCGCUGCAUGGUGCCUUUAUUUAGACAAGUUGCUCGAAGCAUCAACAGCUCCCAUUUUCAGGUUGCAGAACGGGCACUAUUCUGGUGGAACAAUGAGCAUAUAGUGAGCUUGAUUGCAGAGAAUCGCCAUACUAUCUUGCCAAUUAUCUUUGAAGCUUUAGAAAAGAACAUAAAGUGUCACUGGAACCAGGCUAUCAAUGGGCUAACAGCUAAUGUUCGAAGGAUGUUCCAGGAGAUGGAUGCUGAGCUGUUUGAAGAGUGCCAAAGGCAAUAUGAAGAAAGGGAGGCCAGGGCUGGAAGCCGGGAGGAGCAGCGGGUGUUGACAUGGAAGAGACUUGAAGAGGCCGCUGCAAAUGGGUGUUGACAUACAUAACUGUAAGAGCAGCUGUACUGGCUGGGGAAGAUGUGAUUAGAGUUUGACUCACUGAUCUACUUGUAGAUUUCCACUGCAGCACAUAAUUCGCCUAUAAUCAGAGGGCAAUGAGCGGCACAAGUUCUGGUAUUGGUGGUGCACGGUCUUGGUCUGUUGCCCCGAAAUGAGCAAAGUUCUUUUGCAAUCCGCCCUCUGUCACUGUUCUGUCUUUUAUUCUGGGGAGAGAAGUUGGACGAAAUUCUGCCAUCUUGUCUUCUCGACCAAGUGCAGUGCUUUUUUGCUAAUAUGUGUUUCUAAUUAUAGUUUGGCUUUUUGAUCGUUUUUUUUUUUUUUUUUGUCAUUCAAUUUUGCGAUGACAAUGAAAGCAAUGUUGGAAGUAGUUUGUAGUUAAUAUCUCAUUCAAAAGGGUUAUUUUUUUUUCACCUUUGGUAGCAAUAAGUUAAGUGGUUAAAAGUUCUUUCCGCUAAUUGAUCUCUGCUGUUGGUUUAUUUUGGGCAUUGAUUGGCAAACAUGGUGACGGCAUGCCAUCCCCCGUCAGAUUUUCCCGACUCAAUUGGCUCACUUUCUAGAGUUGCUCCCGAUCCAAUUGGCUCACUCCCUAGAGUUACUUCUCUUAAAGUAAGUCCCCCCUCUUAGUAGCAGGAGUAGGUUAGAUUAGAUGUGCCGUCAGUGAAAAAAAAAAAAAAAAUCUCUCUAUUGUGAAUGGACGAUAACUGAUCAUCGGGUAAAGAAAACAGUAGUAGUAGUGGCUUUGUGCCAAUAAAUUUUAAGAAAUAAUAAAAUAUUAGUACUAAGCUAAGCUAGUUUAUUUUGGGCAUUGAUUGGCAAACAUGGUGACGGCAUGCCAUCCCCCGUUAAAUGGCCAUGUUGAGCUGCUGCUGCUGCUGGAACUGGAAGGCACUGAACAGCUCUCAUAAUCAGAGAGAGCAUUCGUAAAAUGAGCCCCAAAGCUUUCUUCUGUUCUGCCACCAGUAAAAUUUUCCCCUAUUACUGAACCUGCUUAAAAAGUUACUAGAUUCUGCGACUACCCACCAAGUCAUUAUUAAUCUACUUCACACGCUGAUUUUUUCACUGUGUCUAUGCCUGCGAUCGAUCGUUAAGUGUCUGUAGACAUUAUUGUAGUAUGCUGCAGCCUCAUGGUUCAUAUCGCCGUGUAAUCAUAUCAUCAGAAGAGAAGCGGAGAGCAGCCUUCCCAUCGUAUCAAUUUUCAUCCAGGAAUGUUAGCGAGAGAAGAAAAGAUGGAUUUCUCAAGAGGAGGAACCAAUUGCUAAAUUUCUCAAGAGGACUGAAUGGUUAGUUGGGAUUCCAGAGAACCACACCAUCAUUGUGUAAUUUGUGUUGCAUGAAUCGGAAAGAACUACUCUGUUUCUGAUUGAUCAUUCAAUUUCAAAGAAUAGCAAAGAAAAUGGCUCUGAAACUGAUGUUUGACCCGAAGCAACCACUUCAGCCGCUCACACUCUAUCCCCUCCCCCAUAUGCAUAAAUAAUUGAUCAUUCUCUCCCCAUCACAUUACUUGACUUGAGCAAAAGCCCCCCCGCAAGAAGUCAACAAAUCAAUUCCUGCACCAUCUGUUUUUUUCUACAUCAAAAUGGCCCACUGAAAAGCAACAAGAAAAAA